AUGAAUCGAAGAGUGGACACACUUUCUGUUCGUCUAUGGGUACUGGCUGGUACGGACCGCAUGUGGCAUAAUAAUCGCGGAGAAGUGAUUGUUGAAUUUGCAGAGGACGAGCCAUUCGUCUUUGAGGCCAGGGUAGCAGAUGAGCUGAUGAGCGAUGACGAUAAGGAGCUUGAUGUUGAGCUUGAUGACCUUGAGGUUAAUGUUGAGCUGGAGGUUGACCUCGAAGAUGAGCUGCUGGAUGACGAUAUGGAGGAAGAACUAGACCUCGAUGAUGUGGAAGAGCUAGAAUUAAAGGACGACGAAGAAGAAGAGGAACUUGACGAGCUGCUGGUAAUUGCAGCUUGA